ACCAAGCCAAGCAGCAAGCAAUUAAGCAAAGCGCACUAGUAAUGGCUAGGCAAUUCCAAACCCCAUUAGCCUUGUUCUGCUUUUUGCUCAUGUCGACUGUCCUGAUCAAUGGCUCGCAAGCCGCCGGCAUUAUCACGGUCUACUGGGGCCAAGAUGGACGUGAGGGCACCUUUGCUGAAGCUUGCGCCACUGGUUAUUAUGGUAUUGUGAACAUAGCUUUCCUAUACAAAUUUGGCGGUGGUCGGACCCCCACGAUCAACCUAGCCGGGCAUUGUGAGCCAGCCAAUAAUAAUGGGUGCACCCGGUUCAGCGAUGAAAUUAAAGCUUGUCAAAAUCAGGGUAUCAAAGUGAUGCUUUCUAUUGGAGGUAGCACAACAAAUGAAUACAGUCUUUCCUCGGCUGAAGACGCCAGGAAUGUUGCAAACUACUUAUGGAACAAUUUUCUUUGGGGCCAAUCAGCCUCCCGUCCAUUAGGUGAUGCGGUCCUAGAUGGCAUUGACUUUGAUAUUGAGGGAGACUCAAAACACUGGGACGAGCUGGCAACGACCCUAUCAAAGCUUAGCAAUGAUGCGAAUAAGAAGGUCUACUUAACUGCGGCUCCACAAUGUCCUUUUCCAGACGCGGCUCUAAAAGAUGCACUUGCCACUGGCCUGUUUGACUAUGUUUGGGUCCAAUUUUACAACAACCCUGGGUGUGAGUAUCGGGGCAAUGCCGACAACCUUAAGAGUUCUUGGACUAAUCAAUGGACCACUAUUCAAGCUGGUCAAAUAUUUUUGGGGUUGCCUGCAUCCAAAGACGCAGCUGGGAGUGGCUACACCGAGCCUGACAAGAUUAAUACUGAAGUGUUACCUUAUAUUAAGGGUUCUUCAAAAUACGGGGGUGUUAUGCUUUGGAAUAGGUAUCAGGACAAAUUGAAUGGCUAUAGCCCUGCUAUUAAGCCCCAUGUUUGAACUCCUUGAUGGAGUCUAAAAACUACCUACGUACCUGCAUAAUUGCAUUAACGUUUAUGUUUGUUAUCUUUUUAUCAUUUCCUUUGUAAUCUUUCAAGUUUAUUGUUAUCUUCAAUAAGCAGGUACUGAAUUUAAUAAAUUGACGUAUUCCAUAGCCA